AUGUUUGAGGCAGGUUUGGGAAACAAUCCCAUUUAUGCAUGGAGAGGGAUAUGGGAAGCUAAGAAGUGGCUAAAAGUUGGUUGUAAGUGGAGGAUAGGUGAUGGAAAAUUUGUUAAAAUCUGGAAGGAUCACUGGAUACCUGGACAAGAAACUUUGUGUACAGAAUCUGAAGAGUUAAGGGAAGAUGAGACAGUGGACCAAUUACUGAAUUGUCAAACCAGGUGGUGGGAUGUUGAAAAGGUCAGUGCUCUAUUCAAUCCAAAGAUUGCAGAGGAUAUAUUGAGGAUUGUGAAAAAAAUUGGCUCUUUCAAUGUAAAAAGUGCUUACAAUCUGUUUAGAGACAGAAGUAACGAUAAGUCUGGGGAGUGUUCGAGUUUCUCUAGACACGAGACUCUUUGGAAAUAUGUCUGGAAGAUGCCUCUUCCAAAUAAAAUUAAGGUGUUUACAUGGAGAGCCUGCAAGGAGGGGCUAUCUACAAAGCUUAACCUUAAGAAGAGAAGAGUCAAAACAAAAGGGAGUUGUUGUUUCUGCAAGAAAGUGAUGGAAGAUACCUCUCAUGCUCUCUUCAUUUGCCCUGACAUCAGAGACUACAGGAAAAACUAUGUUCCAAUUGUGCAAACUUUGGAUAAUAAGAUGAGGAACAAGAUAGUGGUAGAAAGGAAUUGCUUUUAUCCUAAGCAAGCAAUUGAUUAUGCUUUAACAGUGCAAUCUCUGUUCAAGGGGGCCAAAGGGUUUCAAAAUUGGAAAGUCAAGGAACUUUACUAUUGGAAACCACAUGUUGUUGGUUUCUUAAAGUUGAAUGUCAAUGGAGCCAUGUUCUUUAACAGGCACAAAGCUGGAAUUGGGGCGGUUUUGAGGGAUGAUAAGGGUGAUGUAGGGCUUGUUUGGAUUCGCAAAGGCCUUCAAAUUUGUGCAAACAUGAGAACUCAGAGAUUGAUCUUGGAAAGUGAUAGCCUGUUGACAGUAAAUGAAAGAGAGGCCUCUUUCUCUUUGUUAGGAAAUCUAGUUAGGGAGGUAAAGAAGCUCAAGGCUCUGCUUGAGGUAUGCUUGGUUCAGCAUGUGGAUAGGGCAGGGAACGAGGUGGCACACAAGCUAGCUAGGAAUGCUUGA